GGCUGGGCUGGGGACGCCGGGAAGGAGCAGAGGUCCCAGGCUAGAAGCGGCGGUUGUGCUUGCUCCCCACCGCCGGCACCAUGUCCCGCGUGUUGGUGCCCUGCCAUGUGAAAGGCACCGUGGCGCUGCAAGUGGGCGAUGUGUGGGCCUCCCAAGGCCGGCCUGGAGUGCUGGUCAUCGAUGUCACCUUCCCCAGCGUCGCACCCUUCGAGUUGCAGGAGAUUACGUUUAAGAAUUACUACACAGCCUUUCUGAGCAUCCGUGUUCGCCAGUACACCUCGAUGCACACACAAGCCAAGUGGGUGACCUGCCUGCGGGACUACUGCCUCAUGCCUGACCCACACAGUGAGGAGGGAGCUCAGGAAUAUGUAUCGCUGUUCAAACACCAGAUGCUGUGUGACAUGGCUAGAGUACUGGAGCUGCGCCUGAUUCUGCGACAGCCAUCACCACUGUGGCUGUCUUUCACAGUGGAGGAGCUGCAGAUCUACCAGCAGGGACCAAAGAGCCCCUCCGUGACCUUUCCCAAGUGGCUCUCCCACCCAGUGCCUUGUGAGCAGCCCACUCCCCUCCUUGAGGGUCUCCCAGACCCCAGCAGGGUAUCCUCUGAGGUACAGCAGAUGUGGGCGCUGACAGAGAUGAUCCGGGCCAGUCACACCUCCACAAGGAUCGGCCGCUUUGAUGUGGAUGGCUGUUAUGACCUGAACUUGCUGUCCUACACUUGAACCAUGGCUCUUAACCAAGACGUUGACCUUCUGUGCUCACCCAGGCCUGGUUUGGGUCAUCAGAGGCCGAAGUGCUUUCCCUGUGCAUUCCAAGUGUUGCCUGCAUGCCCGUUCUGUCUGGGCCACAUUCACAGACUCAAGAUUCUUGGGGGCUCACUGUGCGGCUUCAGCAUGAGCACCUGGUGUGGAGUACACUCUGACCUCACCUGACUGUGACCCGAGACUCCUUUUCUUACCCUAAAAACACUCCAGUUCUACUUACUAAGAAUCCUUGCGUGCCCUCUGCCCCUCCUGCCAACAUGCAUACUCCUGUCUUCUGCCUGCUCGCUUCCUCGCCUGAGUGCAGUGGGCUGGGUGACCUACUAGAACCUGCUCUAUUUAGCCUUGCAAGGCUGCUGUAGCCAUGACACUUUUUUUUUUUAAAGAGAAUUUUUUUAGUUUAUUUAUGCCAAACUGACGACACACCAGGAAGCAAGAUCUCAAAUGCUCUGCCAUGCCACUCUUUUAGUUUGGAAGCUUGAGGGAGAAACAGGAGCUCCAUUUCUUCCUUCUGCGCCCCCUAGUGGUCUUUUUUUCCCUUUGUGUCAUGCCCACAAAGAAAUUUCCUGUAGAAACCCCACUGCCUGCCUAGGGAGCUAAGCUGGCAGUUUGGGCUGCCGGAGUCCCUUGGUCUCUGAGCCGACUCUGGGAUGUAUGUUCAAGUGUGUCUGCCCACCUAACCUGGUCAGGAGCCUCUGGCAAGGCCAGGGCCUGAGAAUGAGUCCUAGGACCAUCUGAUAAAGCCCAAAGUACAUCUUUGUCCCUUCUCCCAGCUGCCUCCUAACCAAAGUCAUGCUCAGUGUGAUGAAGGAUCGUGGUGGGAGGUGGGCCCAGGUGAGGGUUCUCAUUGGUGUCUUAAGAGGCUAAGUCCUCUACAACCCCAGGCCAGCUCUGAAUAAGGCAGACUGCUUUUCCUAAUGAGAAAAUCCUUCUUUCUUUUUUUCUGGCUUUGCCCCUGGCGGCUAUUUGAGGCAGCACUGCAACAAGUGUUGGACUGGAAAAUUAAAUGUUUGUAUGGUUGCCACCCUCUUCUCUCACCUGUCAGGGUUCUUGCAAGCUGUACCUUUCCCUGCAGGGUCGUUUAUUUAGUUCCAUUCAGCUUUUGCUAAGAGGGUAAUGACCAUAGUUCUUUGCUCAGGGAGUAUCAGCCCUCCGUGUGUGUGAGGGGGGUGUGGUCUCUGCGGUGGGAGGACUAUGCUUCAUUCACAGCUGUGUCCCCAGCACCCAGCACAGGGCCUGGUGUGCAGCAAGAUCAAUAAAUACUUGUGGAAUGCA